UAUACACACACUAUUUUUUAAUAAAUAAAUAAAUUGAGUGUAAAUUUAAUAUUGUUUUUUUUUAGGAAAAAAGUGAGUGUAAAUUUUAUUUGAUGUCCAUUCACCCAAAUUCCGGAUAUCAUGAAAGAAAAGAAAAAAAAAACAAAAAAAAUUAUCACAAACCCUAGUGUACCACCUACACGAAUUAGUAAAUGUGAGGGGAUGUGAAUGAGUGUAAAUUGUAAAUGUUGGUCCCUUCAUCCCAAUAAUCUAUUUUUCAUCCUUAUCAUCACACUCUCUUAGCCUCUCUGUAAAGGCAUAGGCGGUACAAAAUUAACCUUUCUUUUUCAAUUUUUAUGAUUUUAUUUAUCACCCAUCAAACUUUAAAAAUUUAAGAUAGAUACACAGACUAGUCUCAACUUAAAUCCGACCCGUCCCACCUAGUUGACAUUCCUCAUUUGCGGAAAUCUAUUGUCUAGCUUGUUAUAGUGAUUAGUGAGUGAGUGGCGGGUAAUGGAGGACUUGAGUUGUUGCAUACUCCGUAAUAUUCAUUCUUAUUAGCAAGACAUUAGAAGAGAGAGAAAAUCAGUAAACACUGAAAAUGGGGGAUUUAUACGCCCUUGAUUUCGAUGGUAUUUUGUGCGAUAGUUGUGGCGAGAGCUCACUCUCUGCUCUCAAGGCCGCCAAAGUCCGAUGGCCAACUCUAUUCAACGGCGUUGACUCCGCCAUUGAAGACUGGAUUGUUGACCAAAUGCAUAUUGUACGACCUGUGGUUGAAACAGGAUAUGAAAAUUUGUUGCUUGUGAGGUUGCUGUUAGAGAUCAGAAUUCCUUCCAUCCGUAAAUCUCCAGUUGCAGAGGGGCUCACUAUUGAAGGCAUACUCGAGAACUGGCCUAAGCUGAAGCCAGUUAUUAUGGAAGCAUGGGAUGAGAAGGAAAACAGAGAGGCCUUAAUAGAACUUUUUGGGAAAGUAAGAGAUGAAUGGAUUGAGAAAGAUUUGGCUACAUGGAUUGGUGCAAAUAGACUGUAUCCUGGGGUUUCUGAUGCUCUAAGAUUUACAAGCUCAAAAGUAUACAUAGUUACCACAAAACAGAGCCGAUUUGCAGAUGCUCUGCUGCGAGAGCUUGCUGGUGUAACUAUACCUCCCGAAAGAAUCUAUGGACUUGGGACUGGCCCAAAGGUGGAAGUGCUCAAGAUGCUUCAGAAACAAUCAGAACAUCAGGGACUCGCUCUUCACUUUGUAGAGGACCGACUUGCUACACUAAAAAAUGUCAUAAAGGAGCCAGAGUUGGACGGCUGGAACUUGUAUCUAGGUGACUGGGGCUAUAACACCCAAAGAGAAAGGGAAGAGGCAAGGAGUAUCCCCAGAAUUCACAUGCUUGAGCUGUCCGAAUUCAGUAAGAAGCUAAAAUAGAUUCACAAUUUGUUUUAAUGUAGUUAUCUAUGUCUUGCUUACUGCAAUUAUUGCACAGCAUUUCUACUUAAACGUACUACACUGCAAUUCAUCAAAUAUCUUCUUUUGUUGUAUAUCCAAAUCACAGAGCCGGCUGUGAUAAUUCACACUGUAAUUACUGAGUAUUUCUGAAGUUCUUCUGACACUUUCUUUGUUCCUGAACUCAUCAGAAAGAAACCAAGGUUUUGCAUUUGACAAGAUCUUUUUUUUUUU